CAGUUUUUCCCGAGUGGCCCACCCUUCUUCGGGACCAUGGCCACCGACUCCUGGGCCUUGGCGGUGGACGAGCAGGAAGCGGCUGUCAAAUCGAUGAACAAUUUGCAGAUCAAGGAAGAGAAAGUCAAACCAGACACCAAUGGUGUUAUCAGAACCAGUACUACUGCAGAGAAGACAGAUGAAGAAGAGAAAGAGGACAAAGCUGCCCAGUCUUUACUUAACAAGCUGAUCAGAAGCAACCUUGUGGAUAACACAAACCAAGUGGAAGUCCUACAGCGGGACCCGAACUCCCCACUCUACUCAGUGAAGUCCUUCGAAGAGCUUCGCCUGAAGCCACAGCUUCUCCAGGGAGUCUAUGCCAUGGGCUUCAAUCGACCGUCUAAGAUUCAAGAGAAUGCGUUACCCAUGAUGCUUGCCGAACCCCCACAGAACCUAAUUGCGCAGUCUCAGUCUGGCACUGGGAAAACAGCUGCCUUCGUCCUGGCCAUGCUCAGUAGAGUAGAACCAGCAGACAGAUACCCUCAGUGUCUGUGCCUCUCCCCAACAUAUGAGCUGGCGCUUCAAACAGGAAAAGUGAUUGAGCAGAUGGGCAGAUUUCAUCCAGAACUAAAGCUCGCUUAUGCUGUUCGAGGCAAUAAAUUGGAAAGAGGUCAGAAGAUCAGUGAGCAGAUUGUCAUCGGCACUCCUGGCACUGUCCUGGACUGGUGCUCCAAGCUCAAGUUCAUUGACCCCAAGAAGAUCAAGGUGUUUGUUCUGGAUGAGGCGGACGUGAUGAUAGCUACUCAGGGCCACCAAGAUCAGAGCAUCCGCAUCCAGAGGAUGCUGCCCAGGAACUGCCAGAUGCUGCUUUUCUCCGCCACCUUUGAAGACUCCGUGUGGAAGUUUGCGCAGAAAGUGGUCCCAGACCCCAAUGUUAUCAAACUGAAGCGUGAGGAGGAGACGUUGGACACCAUCAAGCAAUAUUACGUCCUGUGCAGUAACAGAGACGAGAAGUUCCAGGCCUUGUGCAACCUGUAUGGGGCCAUCACCAUCGCUCAAGCUAUGAUCUUCUGCCAUACCCGCAAAACAGCUAGUUGGCUGGCAGCAGAGCUCUCAAAAGAAGGCCACCAAGUGGCUCUGCUGAGUGGUGAAAUGAUGGUGGAGCAGAGGGCUGCUGUGAUCGAGCGCUUCCGAGAGGGCAAAGAGAAGGUUCUUGUGACCACCAACGUGUGUGCCCGCGGUAUCGAUGUCGAACAAGUGUCUGUCGUCAUCAACUUCGAUCUUCCUGUGGACAAGGACGGGAACCCAGACAAUGAGACCUACCUCCACCGGAUCGGGCGCACCGGCCGCUUUGGCAAGAGGGGCCUGGCUGUGAACAUGAUUGACAGCAAGCACAGCAUGGACAUCCUGAACAGAAUCCAGGAGCAUUUUAAUAAGAAGAUAGAAAGACUGGACACAGAUGAUUUGGAUGAGAUUGAGAAAAUAGCCAACUGAGAAGCUCCACCAGUCACUGGUGCCCACUCUCUGCGCUGCCCCUGCCCCUGCUCGGGACACUAGUGCUUUCAUGGCAUAGGCCUUGAUGGUCACCUCAAAGACGAAGGCACGAGUAGAAAAACUACCUACCUCAUUCAAAAUUACGUCUGGACUGGACAAAAAGUUGUGCAAACAACAGGAGAAAAUCAAAGGAAAAUUUUGCAUUUUGGUAAAUAAUCCCCCCUUCCCCACCCUGACCCUUUUUUAAACCACAGUUUGCCCAGUUUAGUCAUCUGGUUGUCAUUGGUGAUCACAGGACACCUGCGUCCUCUGACUGUGGUGUUAGGACCUGCUUCCAGCCCUGAAGGGAUGAUAGAGGUAGAGGUGGUUGGUAGAGUUGGGGAAGACACGGUGUGGCCCCAUCACCAUGGAUGUAGUGGAGGGAUUGGGGCUGAGUCCCCUGUGCUGCCCUCCAACCCUACUGGAUGCCCUGAGGCUGUCUUUAUUCUCCUGAAAUUCAGAGACAUUCCAGGUCUCUUUUACCUGCUCUGGGACAGAAGCUGGCCCUCUUUCUCCCUGAUUCGAAUCCUGGCUACUUUUGUAUUCUUCAGAUUGGGGAAAGAAACUCGGAAGUCACAGCCUUGUGAGAGAGAUUUGUCUGUCAGAGUGGUCACAUCCUUCCAGGAUCUAGGCCUGCCUUCCACCAGUCAUAUUAGCCACUCUGCACCUGGUACUCAGUUGUGGCAGCCAGGAGACACUGGGUGGUUUUCUCAACUGCCUGGUCCAGUUAGUUGGUUCUAAUCCAUGGGUCGUCAUUUUGUGCCUAAAGCCAAGAAGCAGUUUGGAAAGGAAAAACUCUAAUUAUGCAGUUAUCCAUAAUAGUGGACUUUAUGGGUUACUUAAUUCAUACAUUGUCCGUAUGAAUAAGGACGGAUAAAUUAUAGGUAUACACAUCAUUCAUUAUAAGAAAUUU